CUCUUCUCCCUCCGCUCGCGCUGCAACCCGCCCACGCUAGGGCUUUGCAUCCGCUUCGCCGCCGCCGCCACCGCCGCCGCUGCUGCCUGCUGUUCCGCGGCCGUCACCGCUCGCAUCCGCCGGAGACGAUGGUGGGGCUGGGCGCUAUGCCGGGGUACGGGAUCCAGUCGAUGCUCAAGGAGGGGCACAAGCACCUCUCCGGGCUCGAGGAGGCCGUGCUCAAGAACAUCGACGCGUGCCGCGAGCUCUCCGCCAUCACCCGCACCUCCCUCGGCCCCAAUGGAAUGAAUAAGAUGGUCAUUAACCAUCUGGACAAGCUCUUUGUCACGAACGAUGCUGCAACAAUUGUGAAUGAGCUCGAGGUCCAGCACCCUGCUGCUAAGAUCCUGGUACUUGCUGGCAGGGCUCAGCAGGAGGAAAUCGGUGACGGAGCUAACCUCACUAUAUCUUUUGCUGGUGAGCUGCUUGAGAAGGCCGAGGAGCUUAUCAGGAUGGGGUUGCAUCCAAGUGAGAUCAUCAUUGGCUACACCAAGGCCAUUAAUAAGACUACUGAGAUCUUGGAAGAUCUGGUGGAGAAAGGUUCAGAGAACAUGGAUGUAAGGAGCAAGGAGGAGGUUGUAUUGCGGAUGAGAUCUGCAGUUGCGAGCAAGCAAUUCGGCCAGGAGGAUAUAUUGUGCCCUCUUGUAGCUGAUGCCUGUAUGCAAGUUUGCCCAAAAAAUCCUGCUAACUUCAAUGUCGACAAUGUUAGAGUUGCGAAGCUACUUGGAGGUGGUUUGCACAACUCUUCGGUAGUCCGUGGGAUGGUUCUGAAAAAUGAUGCUGUUGGGACCAUCAAAAGGGUGGAGAAGGCAAAGAUCGCAGUAUUUGCUGGUGGUGUUGAUACUUCUGCAACUGAAACCAAGGGAACUGUUUUGAUACAUUCUGCCGAGCAGCUAGAAAACUAUGCUAAAACUGAGGAAGCUAAGGUGGAGGAGCUUAUCAAAGCUGUUGCUGACUCAGGUGCCAAGGUUAUUGUCAGUGGAGCAGCAGUUGGCGACAUGGCACUGCAUUUUUGUGAACGUUACAAACUAAUGGUUCUUAGAAUCAGUUCAAAAUUUGAACUGAGAAGAUUUUGCCGUACAACGGGUGCUAUUGCACUUUUGAAACUCAGCCAGCCAAAUGCAGAUGAAUUGGGAUAUGCAGACUCUGUUUCAGUGGAAGAAAUCGGUGGUGUUCGAGUAACUGUUGUCAAGAAUGAAGAAGGUGGAAACUCAGUUGCUACUGUUGUCUUGAGAGGCAGCACAGAUAGUAUAUUGGAUGAUCUUGAAAGAGCUGUUGAUGAUGGUGUCAAUACUUACAAAUCAAUGUGCAGGGAUAGUCGGAUUAUUCCUGGUGCUGCUGCAACAGAAAUAGAAUUGGCAAGGAGAUUGAAGGAGUUCUCUCUGAAGGAAACAGGGUUGGACCAGUAUGCCAUUGCAAAAUUUGCUGAAAGUUUUGAAAUGGUUCCUAGAACCCUGGCUGAAAAUGCUGGGCUCAGUGCUAUGGAGAUAAUAUCUUCCCUUUAUGCUGAGCAUGCUGGUGGGAAUACAAAAGCUGGUAUUGACUUGGAAGAAGGUGCUUGCAAGGAUGUCUCGAUCAUGAAAAUAUGGGACCUGUAUGUUACAAAAUUUUUUGCCCUAAAAUACUCUGCCGACGCCGCAUGUACUGUACUGCGGGUUGACCAGAUCAUCAUGGCAAAGCCCGCAGGAGGGCCAAGGAGAGAUGCUCAGCCUGGAAUGGACGAAGAUUAGUUUGCUAGCGUGCUAUAUUUUCAAUAUUUACCGUGUUAUAUUCUCUUUUAUCUUAUAAGUUUGGUUCAGUAGGAAGAUUUUGGUGACUGGACGGCACGUUUGGGAUGGGGGUUGCAUGGGUGAGCUGAUGUCUUUGCGGGGAAUGUGUUUGUGAGUUUGUCUCGGGUGUAUUAUCAUGCCAAUGUAUCAAAAUGGUUAGCUCCCAGCAGGAUUUGCUCUUUCAGAUUUAUAUGCUAUCUUCAAAAUGGAUCGUUGUUCUA